CGUCAAAUGCCGACGCAUGUUGCUCGAGUCUAUGGGUUUUAAAGAGUUAGGUUAGGUAAAAACCUUGAGUGUUAGUUGAUAAAUAAUAGUAAUAAUCUAACUGAUAAUGCUUCUUGACUCAUCCAGGCAAUGUAAAGAAAUUAUUCAGUAUGCUGGAAGUACUUUCUGUUCCAUAAUUAAAUAACAUUGGUUCAGUUGGUGGUCACCGGAAACUACGAUGGAAUAAGGAAUAUCUACUAUGUCGAAAGGUUGUAGUAGAUAUUUUAUUAACUUAGGCCUGUUCACUUCAUUCCGCCAAACCAUGUCAACAAUCACGAAACACAAGAGCGAAUUGAGAGAAGAUGUUUCAAGGAAAUUGGCUGCGUUAUCGUCCAAAGAAAAGGAAAAACAAAGUGAUGUGGUAGUGAAAAAAGUUUUAGAAUUGCCAGAAUUCAAUCAUAGCCAACGCGUUUCAAUAUUCCUCAGUACAGACAAUGAGAUUAAUACUCGACCAAUUGUCGAAACAAUAUUCCAGAAGGAGAAGCAAUGUUUCAUUCCUAGGUAUAGCAAAAAUGGCAUGGAAAUGGUAAAAUUACAUUCUAUGGUUGACUGGGAAAAUCUUCCAUUAACGCCUUGGAAUAUAAAGCAACCUAAGUUGAAAGAGGAAAGAGAAAAUGCACUAGAUACAGGUGGUUUGGAUCUGAUUAUUGUUCCUGGGGUAGCAUUCACGAAGAAUGGAAAGAGAUUAGGCCACGGAGGUGGCUACUAUGACAGGUAUAUUCGAACCAUUAGAGAAAAGCAGAAGACACCAGUAGUAACCGUUGCUGUUGCUUUCCAAGAACAAAUUCUAGAUGAUAUCCCUACCCAUGAACAUGACGAAAUAAUUGAUAAAAUUUUAUAUAUGGAGUAAACCAUGAAAUUUAGGAAUUCUUCGAAGUUAACCUUGAAUUAACGUUUCUUUCGGAAGGUCGUUAGCUAGUCCUUCUAAUAUUUUAAUAUUUCAAAAUUAUAGAGAAUCCGCACCAAGUCAUAUAGUGUGAUUUUUUAUACUACCACUCAUUCAUUCAGAAAAUAUAUAAUUUGCAAUAUAUCUUGGUAAAUCUU